GGUGUAUGGGGGGAGUCUGAGGCGGAGAAUUAUGUAUAUAUAAUAUAAACAGAAAGCUUCUUUUUUUUUUCUUCUUCUUCUUCUUUAUUAACCACAAAAGAUGCCUACAUUAUUAUCACUUUUUAACAACAAUAACACACACAAAGAGCAUUCCUCUUGCUGUACAUGUAAUUGCCAUGAAGACACCUCAACCAUCAUCUUUACACCCACACGCUGGUUUCCACGUAUCAAGAGAAGAUCAUCCUCCUCAUCCACAUGUACCACAGUUUCAUACGAAAGUCGUGUGUCAUCCGAAUACUCUCUAGAUGCAGAAGAAAAGCAGAUACUAGAAUUCGAGCAACUCUAUAGCUUGGCUGUGGACGAGAUGGCUUAUGCAAUAGAAUCACAAGGAUCCAUUUAUUACAGUGGCGAUUUAAUAACAGCAACAGAAGCUGUAGAUGCUUGCUUAGACCGCUUUAGACACCUGAUGCAAACACUACAUCCAGACAGAUCUCAUCGAUUCCAAGAAGAGUGGACAGAUGCCUUGUUUGAAUUGAGGUCGCGUUUAGAUGCUUUACCAUAUCACAAAGACGCUGACGUUUGAUUCCUACUAUUUGCUUGUGUUACUUCUAAUACCCCCCUUCUAUGUUAUAUUUAUUCUUCUUGUAUAGCUUUUUUUGUUUCGUUUUGUUCAAUCCUUACAUAUGCCACUACUUAUGCCAUCUACAUAAAC